GAAGCGCAUGCGCGUUCCGCACGUUCGUCUCGGUGUGAAACCCACAAGAGAAAAACUUCAAAGUCCAUUAGAACUUUGAAAACUUCGAAACUUCUCGGUGAAAGUGAAACAUUCCCAAUCAAGUUGAAGUGUUUUGGCGCUGGCGGGAUGCACAAAGGCCUGAAGAAGUACUUUGUCAACAUGGACGACUACCUGGACAGCCUGGGCCUCUAUCGCAAGAGAGUGGCGAGGGAUUCGUCCAGCCUCUUCCGAGCCGUGUCAGAGCAGCUAUACUACUCCCAGAACUACCAUCACAUGAUCCGCCAGGACUGUGCUAACUUCAUGAGAGCUAACGUCAGUGUCUUUGAGUCGUUUGUUGAAGGCUCCUUUGAGAAAUACCUGGAACGUCUGGAGAACCCCAAGGAGACCGGGGGUCAGGUGGAGAUCAAGGCUCUCUCUCAGCUCUACAGGCGCCGCUUCCUGAUCUACCGUUACCCUGGGAAACCUCCCUCGGCCAUUUCAGAAGGCGACUUUGUAGACAAGCUGAUGCUGUGCUGCUCCAUCAAUGGCCACUAUGACAUCGUCUACGCCGGGACUUACCCCGCCUCCGCCGCACUCUGCCAGGCGGUUUUGUAUGAGCUACUCUACACCAAAGUCUUUGGUUGCGAGGAGGCGGAGCUCUGUCAGGCCAUGGAGGUCUCCAAGGUUGGCGGUCGUUGCUACGGAAACACUCCCCCCAUGGAGGAGGUGGAGUCAGGUGCUGCCGCAAAGGAGACGCAGGGAGCAGAGAGCGGCAAGCCCCCCUGUAUACUGUCUCUGCCGUACAAAGUGAUCAAGUCUCUCAAUGGCGAUGUCUACAGAAAUGUGGAGUUUGACGUCUGGCAGGACAUGUGCAAUGAGAUGCAGAAGAAGAAGACAAACUACCUGGUGUUUGCGGGGAGGCGGUACUUCCUGGGAGACAAGUGUCAGGUGCGUCUGGAGCCAAAAGGAAAGUACUUCAACGCUUUUAUCCAGGAAAUCGGAACACACUCGAAUGCCGUCACAGUAUUCAUAGAAAAGCUGGGAGAAAGACACCUGGUUCCUCUGACCGACCUCAACCCAGUUCCCGCCUGGAAUGUCGCCACAGCGUCUCGGAAAGGACGCCUUGAUUCCGAUGUUGGCGGUCGACGCCAUCGACGCCAUAGCCACUUCAGGAGGUCUCGUGGCAGCAGCGGUAUGAAAGGGGCGGCUCCAUUGUGCUUCCAGCCAGCGGGUCACCCUCGUCCCCCACCACCUCCUGCUGGAGCCAUACCCUAUGACCCCUAUGGUCCCCCAUACCACCACCCGCCACCUUAUGGCGUUUCCAGAAGCUCCCGUUACCUGAACCUUCCGCCAAUUGGUCCCCAACUGGUAUACUACGCCCCCUCCGGGAGGCGUUACUAUGACGAUGAGAGCUAUGCCUUCAGGCCCCGUCGUCGUUGGCGUCGUUGUCAUCGGCGACAGCAGAUGGCAGUGGCGCUUAACAAAGAAUGCCAGUUUGCCUUCCCUGACACCACAGAAGAAUCAGCUGACCUGGAUGGCGCCAUCACGUAUUCCCAGCUGGAUGACGCUAACGAGGCUGCUUUUCCACCACAGACGGCUCCGUCGGUGGCUCAAUCCCCUGCCAUCGGGGCCCCGCCCCCUCCGGUCGGCUCAGCAGCAGGACACACCAUUGCGUGUUCCUCAGAGGAAGAGCAAGUGGAUGCCAGCACUGUGGAGGACCAGGGUGAACUGGUAUACUACGCCCCCACCGAGAGGCGUUACUAUGACGAUGAGAGCUAUGCUUUCAGGCCCCGUCGUCGUUGCCGUCGUUGUCAUCAGCGGCAGCAGAUGGCGGCGGCGCUGAACAAAGAAUACCAGUUUGUCUUCCCCGACACCGCAGAAGAAUCAGCUGACCUGGAUGGCGCCAUCACGUAUUCCCAGCUGGAUGACGCUAACGAGGCUGCUUUUCCACCACAGACGGCUCCGUCGGUGGCUCAAUCCCCUGCCAUCGGGGCCCCGCCCCCUCCGGUCGGCUCAGCAGCAGGACACACCAUUGCGUGUUCCUCAGAGGAAGAGCAAGUGGAUGCCAGCACCGUGGAGGACCAGGUCUCUGCCCCCACUGAGCCUGCCAUUAGCCAGGACCAGCAGGAAGAAGGGGUGGCGAACUCUCCCCCAAGAGCUGACGUAAGCCACAGCUACACGCAGCAGGUGGUGAAGCCGUUAGGGGUCAUCUCUACACCUUCAUCCUCCCCUCCCUCAUCCCCCUCGUCACCCUCAUCACGUGCACCUGCCGCCCCUCACUUGUCGGUGGCGCCACACACUCCACCUCGCUCAGUUGCCAUAGCGUUCCCAGCCGCCUCCCCCUGGUUGGUUAACGAGUUGGGGGAGACACUGUGCACAGUGGUGACUCCGCCUCCUUACUCCUAUGACCCCAAUGGCAACGACUUGCCCAGAGACUACAGAGUGCUCCAGUACUACUUCAACCUGGGACUGCAGUGGUACCAUCGGAGCUGCUGGCAGCAACAGCAGGUGUACACCCCCUCUUCCCCUGACACCCCCUACCCCUACCAGCACUGCCCUACCUACCUGAGUCAGGAGGCCCCCCUGCACGCUGCCCCCCACUCCUAUCCCGAGGUGGGACGAAGGCCUUACCAGCUGUCGCCCUCCUACCCAGAUUCCAACAGGGCCGUUUAUAGACAGCCAGGCACACACGGUGGCGGCCCCACCCCCUCAAUGGAAGGCUAUUCUGUCAAUGGUCUGCCUUCACGCCCCGUCUCAUCCUCCGCUCUCUUGUACCAGGAUCAAACAGCACUACUGCAUCUGCCGUACGAAGCUCCACCCCCUGCUACCUACCUGUCUUCUGCCCCACCUCUUCUCCCUCACACCGCCCACAACACUCACUACACUCCUUACCACCCGUCUACGCCCCUCUACCCACUGGAGGGGCGCUGCAGACAGGCGGCCAUGGCCCACGGGUCUACUGCCCCGCCAGUAACCCUUCACAUGUUGUCGUCACAGCGCCACCCCCUCCACCACCCAAGCCCUCAUUACAUCCCUCCAGCCGUCUACACAGUUCUUGGCUAAUGUUUCCCAAGUAUGCAUGUUAGCGUUACUGCAUCACAUGUCUUUGCAAGGUUAACUUGUCAUGGUUGCCAUAUAAGCCAGCUUAUAUAAGCCAGUUUGAGCCAGCCAGUCUGAGCCAGCCAGUCAGAGAGAAGCUGAGAGAGGGGCGUGGCCAGUCCCUGGUUAUUGUUAAAGGAAUGUUUUUAUGUGUGUGUUGUUAUUCCGGGUUCAAUAAAG